AUGCUUGGCCUAGGCCUUUCGGCCGCAUGGGCAAGCGCCAUCGAGACGUUCCUCGUUCGCUCGCUGCCGGCUGCCUCGGCCAUCGCUCCUUCACCGCUCCAGGCCGCGCUCAUCCCUUACCUGUCGCGGACGCUUGACCCUGUCAGGGCCGGCAGAGGCGAGCCAUCGCCGGCACGCGGCGGACGCAACGGCCCUGCCGCCGUCCUCGCUGCUGAUACCAUCGGAUCCGGCAAGACCAUUGCGUAUCUGGCGCCGCUGCUUUCGUCGGGCGCCGACGCCGUGGUUGUCACCCCGACGACCCUGCUGGCUGAUCAGGUCACCGGCGUCGUCGACGGCAUCAUCGCCGAGCUCCCGCCGGCGGCCGGCGGCCGCACCGCCGCCCCAGGCUCUAGACUACGCAUCAUGCCGGUGGCAGAUUUGCCGCAGGCGCUCGUCGGCUCCUCCGCGCCGCUCGACGCGCUUGUUCUCGACGAGGUCGACGCACUCAUCCAGCCGCCGUCGCGCUACGCUGCACGGCAGCCGCCGCAGGCGCAGCCGAAACACACAUCCCACGACCUUCUCUCGCCUGCGGACCUCCGCGCCUCCAUCCGCAGCAUUGAUCCGGAGCACGGCGUCCUCGUCGCGGUUUCGGCCUCGAUCAAUGCCCCGCUGCGCCACAUGCUCCGCGAUCCGCGGCUCGGUCUGCGGCGUCCGUUUCUCCGGCUUGGCUCGCAACCGGGUGCCUCGCCGCUUCCUCCGUCGAUUGCCAUCACCAGCUUACCUGUCGCAGACCGCGAUGCCAAGCUGGAUGCCGUCGUGUCGCUGCUGUCAGCUUGCCCAGGCGCCAGUACACUGGUCGUUGUCGACUCGGACUCGCGCAUCGAGUCCGCCAUGGCCGCCCUCACCCGCGCUGGCCUCUAUCCAACACAACUUUUGGACCUCGGCUCGCUCUUGCAUCCGUCGGAUGUACCUCCUGCGCUUAUUGUGAGUGAUGCACCGUCUCUGCGCGGCCUCGAUCUGUCACAUCUCGAGCACGUGGUCAUCGCAUCUCGACGGCUCCCGCGGCCGCUGGCCAACUUUGCCCACAUCGCUGGCCGCGUCGGUCGCGCCUCGCAAGCCGCGUCGGCCACUCGUGUCACUGUCGCCGUCACUCCUGGCGAGUCGGUCAUUCUUGAUGGCAUGCUCCGUCAGCACCGUCGUGCGCUCUCCACCGCCCAAUCCGCCACUCCUGGUGCCGGCUCGGCCAGCAGCCCGCACCCCAGGCCUCGACGGGAGGCCGACCCGGCACCCGUCUUCCAGCACCCUUCGUAA